AGUUUCCAGUCACGCAAUGGCUGCCAAAAGAAUUAGAUUGUAUCAAUAUUUCUCAAACAAAAAAAAAAAGUGAAUCCUUUUUCAAUUGGAAAAAAAUACCGUGUAACGGUAAAAGUUUUCACAACACUCGCGAACAAUCUAAAUAAUCACGUUAUGAACAUUUCGUUAAUUUGACUUUACGUGGUGAAAUGACACUAUCAAUUUUUUGUGACGGAACAACCUAACCUACUUCAAUCAAACGAAUUAUCUAUUUUGGGAAAUUCCAAUAAAUUCAAUGCACUAUUACGGUGAAUAAUCAUUCAGAAAACUAAUCUAUUUGUGUUUUUACAUUGAAAAAAAAGUGAUAAAGUAAUUAGUGAUUGAUUUUAUAUCAAUAUUUUUGUGAGAUUAAUUAAAGUGGCAGUUUGUAACUUUUUUUUAACACUUGGCGAGAGAGCCCCAUUGUUAACUUUUGCUUGUUUUUCUCUGGGGGGGAAUAUUAAUUAAAUAUCCAAAAAUUACGAUAAUGUGGAUAUUCGUAUAACGACAAGUGGAUUAAAGCACGUGACAAAGUUGCAUUGGAAAAUCCCGCGAAAAUUUUUGCAUCGCGAAGGCGUGUGUUUACCAACAAACAUAUAUAUAACCCCAUUUCGAUAAUUUUCAUUUUGAGAAAACGAGUGCGGACAAAUAAGAGAAAGUUUGAUCGUCGCUUCAUUUCUUGUCUCUUUGCUUUUAAAUAAUAAUGUAUUUUUGAUUAAAAAAAAGUGUGUGGAAAAAAAAGGGAGAAAUUAAAAUAUAUAUUUGUUUUUGUUUUGUAAAUAAUACUUUUAUAAUGUCAAUGGAUAUCGUGGAGGAUGAGAUUAUAGAGCAUCAACGAUCUAUAAUUCACGUGGAUAUGGAUUGCUAUUAUGCCCAAGUGGAAAUGGUUCAACAUCCUGAGCACAAGGAUAAACCACUUGGAGUUCAACAGAAAAAUUUAGUUGUCACGAGUAAUUAUCUUGCGCGACAAUUUGGAAUUAAAAAAUGUAUGUCUGUUCAGGAAGCACUUUCAUUAUGUCCGGGAUUAAUUUUAAUUAGAGGCGAGGAUUUGACGAGGUAUCGGCAAAUUUCGGCGAGAAUCUUUGAAAUUUUACAGCGUUACACUCCGUUUGUCGAAAGAUUGGGACUUGAUGAAUAUUUUAUUGAUGCGACGACGCUUAUUCAGAAGGAAGUUAAUAAUUCUUCAUCGUCAUCAUCAUCAUCAACAAUACAUGAAUCUGAUGGCGAUUUGUCGAAGACAGAAAAAUCGUUUGGCGAUGAUCCUGAUGAGGAGUGUCCUUGUGGUUGUCAUGGGAGAUUAUUGGCUGCUUCGAAAUUAACUGCUGAUAUUAGACUGAAGAUUUUCAAGGAACUUGGACUCACAUGCAGUGCUGGAAUUGCCCACAAUAAACUCUUAGCGAAACUUGGAGGAAAUAUUAAUAAACCCAAUGGACAGACUUUAAUUUAUCCGUUUGCUGCUUCUUCUUUGCUUACGUCAGUGGGACCCGUUUCGAAAAUUCCCGGUGUUGGACAAAAAAUGACGGAAUUAUUGCAGGUGAAUAACAUCAGAACAAUUGAAGAAUUGCGAAAGAUUCCAUUGGAGAAUUUGGAAUUGAAGAUUGGCAAGGACCUGGCGCGUAAAUUGAAAGACUGGGCCGAGGGAAUCGACGAGUCGGCGGUGAAGCCAUCGAGUAAACCGCAGUCAAUUGGCCUCGAGGAUGGUGUCAAAAAUAUUUCACUCGUCGACGAGGUGGAAUCACGACUCGGCGCACUACUUCGAAGACUAACGGAACUCGCCACCGAGGACGGUCGAAUCCCCGUGGCAAUGAAAUUAACAGUUCGCAAGCACGACAUGAACAAACCAAAUUCCGGAAAAAGAGAAACCCGCCAAUGUGCAUUACCUCAACACAUUUUACCAUUAACCAAAAGCGGCGUCUACGAUCACACAAAAAUGCUCGUCCUUCUCAUGAAACUCUUUCAUCGUGCCGUCGAUGUCACAAAACCAUUUCAUCUCACACUCCUCGGCGUGGCCUUCACAAAAUUCCAAGAGCGCUCCUCGGGCCGUAGCAGCAUCACCUCAUUCCUCCGCAAGCAAGUCGCCGUUCAAUCCGUCCUCGACAUCAGCUCCGACGAAGGGAUCUUCGACACAAAAGUCGGCUCGCCAAUGAGUACAAAUCAGGACAGCAAUGACGCCUCCGAUUGUUCACUUCCAAAUUUAGAUAACAGUUUACUGUCAAUUAGUUCCGAUUCGAUUAACAGUCCGAAGCCGCACAUUGACAAUUGUCAACAACAGCAACAACAACAAGACGACGAGGAUUUACCAAGUGAAGCGGAACCGUCGCCGAAGAAAACGAAACUCGAAGUUUGGCUGAGGGAAUCACAUCGAGAAUCGCCAAGCAACGAGAUGGCAAGUUUACGCCUCGGUCCAUCAUCAUCAUCAUCGAUCUCGACGCCGUCCAGAAAGGAGUCCGUUUGUUUUCAAUCCCUGCCACUCAGUCUCCAAAGAGAAAUGAGUCACUGGCCAGUGGCCAGCAAAACAAAAGCGAACAAUAUAUACAAACAAUUUAUAACCAAUAAGUGACAGUGUUAUGUAGACAAUACUUGGCACUUCUUUUAUAUAUUUUUAAAUACAAUUUGUAUAAAACCAGGUGACAGUACUGUGUUAAAGAGUUAAAAAAAAAGAAAUGCAACAGAAUAUAAUAUUUUCGACAAAAUG